CGAUGGGGACACGUACCUAUGGUAAGAAGAGGAUGAGAGGCAGAGGACGAUGUUAGGAAGGAACUUGCAACGCGACGAUCGGACCUGGGAGGUGCGAUGAAGGCGCAGAGCGGACCCCUGGUGGGAUGGUUGGUUUGAAGGCACAGGGGAAGGAAACUCGGAGCGAGGAGAGACAUGAGGCUGGAAUUGAUUCAAGAGGGCUGGCACGUGGUAAUGCACUUCAUUAGACUUGGAGAAAGGGACAGUCGGCCUGGGCUCCGAAAGAUUGCCGACGAGGGCACGGGAUUCAAAAGUUGACGAAGAGCGCUCGCCAGGAGUUUGAGAUUGCCCCCCGGCGAUCAGAGCUGGCCGGAUGCGCAAACAUUCUGACAUGGAUGUCGAUUUCAAUUGGUUUGCGGACGAGGAUACACCAGAAUCUCUCGCGUCGAGAGCGUUCGAAUGCAACGAGCUGCUCAAGGUGGCCGUCGGGCAGGUCGAGAAGGAUCUCCUUGAAGCAGCGUCUGCCAUCUGCGGCAGUAAGAACAUGCAUCCUUCCUCCUUGGAGUUCGAGCUUGCCUCCAAGUUGGCCACGAUGGACAGACCGAGUCAAAGGAAGGAUCCUGAGAAGCUGCUGCGCAUCGCUCAGUCGCAGUUCGAACAGUCUAGGUUGGGAGAAGCAUGCUCAAGCCUGCAUUGCGCCGUCAUGGUCAUGGAGGAGAGGGAGCGGAGCCUUGACACGUCCCUUGAUUCCAGUGUUUCUCUACCUGGGAGCUCAGACGCGAUGUCUGGCAAUACGAAGCUCUCUUUGAACGCCCUGCAGAACAUGCUGGUACAGACGUUGACAAAGUCCCUGCUGGAUGCCAUGAAUGAGAAGAAUGUCACACAGAUGAAGAAGGCUGUUGAAAACCUCUGCCUUUUACUUCCACAGCUGCAGGUUGCCACAACGGUGGGACAGCAGUUCUGGCUGAAGAUCAAACAUCUUUUUGAUAGACAGUCGCUGGCUGAAAUCAGCUCGAUGUGCAAGACAGUCGAAGUUGACGCGACAAAUAUCCUUGAUUCCUUCACUUCUCUUCACCUCAAAGUGACGUGGAAAGAGAUUGUAGAGGAGGCGACCAUCACUCCUCUCUGCAAUUUCAUCGCAGAGCUCGUCCGAGGCAUCAGUUUUCCGCUAUUGAUGACGACGACACAGAACCUCGCGUCAUCGAUUUUCAAGGCAUCUUCUGACAGCGGAAGACUGAUCGACAUUCAGGACGUCAUUCUCAGUCUGUGGAAGCAACAGCGAUUGUGGGUGCGUUCGAAGAUUGUCAAUCUGCUGAGUGAGCAGUUCCGUGAUCUGACGAUGAACGACAAACUCGAGGCUGCGGAAGAAAACAAAGCUGAGAGUUCAGAUUCGAUCAAGGGUCAAAUAUAUGAGGGCCCCUUCGAUACCCCUCAAGGGAACCAGGAAGAAUUUGCCUUGUACUGCAAGAGAGCGUCCCCAAGAUGUCUCAACGUUGUUCAGAGCAUCUUGUCAAUCUGUCCUCGUCAUGGGUUGUUGCCGGUCGAAGAUUACUACCUUGAGUUUACCAAACAAUUGAGGUGCACUGUUGAACCGUCUCUUUCUCCUCCUUUUGGCUGUCUUACGGUGGCUCCGCCCUUCAGGAUCAAUUUACAGGCAUACCUCAUCAGCUUAGAAACGAGCAUGGCAGAGGCCAUGCAUGACGGAAUCAAAUGUGCAUACCGAGCAGCAGCCAACACAACUCUGAUCCAUUUUGCAUUGGGAAUGGUAGAUCUUGAACUAGUGUACUCUCCUGAAUGCCUAAAAUCGUGCAGAUCUCAGAAGAAAGCUACAACAGCCAAGACAGCGGGGAGGGGGCGGAGCAAAGAAAGCAGAUGA